AUGGUUCUCUACUCAUGCGACCACGUUGGUCGGGGUAACCCCAAGCUGAAGCUCUCAGAAAACAAGCCCGGGAACCUGGCAUUUCUAUCAGACCCUCAGCACCCACCACCCUUCGAGAAGGAUGAGAAGAGGCUGGUCAUCUUCCUGUGUGACAUGAACCCUGCCAGCUGUACAAGCGACGGCCCAUCCUUGUCAGCUUGGCCGAGCCCUGUGGUUCCCCUCGGAGAGCAUGUGACUCUUCAGUGUCACUGCCAUCUUCCAUGUCAAUAUGGAGAGAAGCUUCCUGGUGGGCCUGGUUGGCCUACCCAAGCUCAUUUUUUCAUGGGCCCCAUGACCGCCGUGCAUGCGGGGACCUACAGCUGCUACGGCUCUCCCACUCUAUGAGUGGUCGGCCCCAGUGACCCCGUGGACAUCGUGAUCACAGGAAUACACGAGGAAUCAUCUCUCUCAGCCGAGCUGGGCCCCAUGAUGAGGUUAGGAGAGAAUGUGGCCUUGUUCUGCCGCUCUGAGAGCUCCUUUGACGUGUACCGCCUAUCCAGGGAAGGGGAAGCCUGAGGAUGCUGGCUUGCCGGAGGGAAGAGUCACACUGGUGCAUU